AUGGGAAGGAGAUAUAUCAAAAAGGCAAAAACAUACAACAGCCGGUGUUCGCUGAUGGUCACCCACUCAACUACUAAUCUGCCGGUUAGAGGCUUGUCUAUGGGGGAGCAGACGGGACCCCGAAUUUUCCUCUACCUAUGGUCGUAUGUGCUUGGAUGGGGCGUUGGUGAGGUUCUUAACCCUUAG